GACCCAUGUACUACAAUGGAUACUACCAUUUGUUCUACCAGUAUAACCCCGAAGGCUCUGUGUGGGGUAACAUUGUAUGGGCCCACUCAGUAUCAAAGGAUCUUAUCAAUUGGAAAGCACUUGAACCCGCAAUUUACCCAUCUAAACCAUUUGACAAGUUCGGGUGUUGGUCCGGGUCAGCCACCAUUGUGCCGGGUAAGGGACCCGUGAUCCUAUAUACGGGAAUUGUUGACGAGAAUAACACUCAAGUGCAAUGCUAUGCCAUACCCGAAAAUGCAUCCGACCCGUUUCUUCAAAGAUGGGUGAAACCCGAUGAAUUCAACCCGAUUAUUGUGGCGGGUAAAGCCGUAAACGGCAGUGCGUUCCGUGAUCCAACAACUGCUUGGUGGAGCGAAGAUGGGCAUUGGAGGAUAUUGGUAGGUAGUAGAAGGAAACAUAGAGGGAUGGCUUAUUUGUAUAGGAGCAAAGAUUUUAUGACAUGGGUUCGGGCCAAACACCCGAUCCAUUCCAAGAGCACAACGGGUAUGUGGGAGUGUCCCGAUUUUUACCCAAUUGCAAUAGGAGGGCAAGAGGGGUUGGAUACAUCGGUUGAAGGGAAUCAUGUUAAGCACGUGCUAAAGAAUAGUCUUGAUAUGACUAGGUUUGAGUACUAUACAUUAGGAACUUAUUCUCCUGAAGAAGAUAAGUAUAUCCCGGAUAACACUUCAGUGGAUGGUUGGGGUGGCCUUAGGUAUGAUUAUGGCAAUUUUUAUGCUUCUAAGUCAUUUUUUGACUCCAGCAAGAAACGAAGGGUCUUGUGGGGUUGGGCAAACGAGUCUGAUUCCAAGGAGGACGAUGUUCGCAAAGGAUGGGCAGGAAUUCAGGCGAUUCCGCGCACCUUGUGGCUCGACUCAAAUGGGAGACAACUGGUACAAUGGCCUGUUGAAGAAUUAGAUAGCCUUAGAGAGAAAGAGGUUAAAAUGAACAGUGAAAAGCUUGAACUGGGAAAUUAUGUUGAAGUCAAAGGAAUCACUGCUGCCCAGGCAGAUGUAGAAGUUACUUUCUCAUUUUCAAGCUUGGAUAAAGCAGAAGCUUUUGAUCCGAAGUGGGUAAAUGCACAGGAUCUAUGUGCCCAAAAGGGUUCCAAAGUUCAAGGUGGGGUUGGACCAUUUGGGCUUCUAACUUUGGCUUCUGAAAAAUUGGAGGAGUUCACUCCUGUGUUCUUCAGAAUUUUCAAAGCUUCAAACAAUCACGUGGUUCUCUUAUGCUCAGAUGCCAGAAGUUCUUCUCUGAAGAGUCAUUUGUACAAGCCUUCAUUUGCUGGCUUUGUAGACGUGGAUUUAGAUACUAAGAAACUUUCUCUUAGGAGUUUGAUUGAUCACUCAGUAGUGGAGAGUUUUGGAGCAGGAGGGAAAACAAAUAUUCUGUCUAGGGUUUAUCCAGAGCUAGCGGUGAAGGAUCAAGCCCACUUAUUUGUGUUCAACAACGGUACUGAGCCAAUCACCGUAGAAAACCUCAGAGCAUGGAGCAUGAAAACAGCUGAUAUAAAUUGAACACAGCCAGAAGUCAAAAAGUUUUUUUGGUUUAUGAAAUACAAUGUUUUCAACAUUUUUGUGGCGUUGUCUUUAUUUUUGUUUUAAGAAACACGUUUUCAAUAUUAUGAAAAAUAGUUUAUUUUUGUUU